ACUCUGCAUAGUCUACUACGACACCACGCCAUUCUCGUCCCCGCCCACUAACUGCAUCUUUAAAUUCCGUCUCUUCUGUAUAGUUGGUCCCUUUGUCGGUCGGUCUGCUGCAGCAACGGUUCUUAGUCACUACAAGAGGCCCAGAUUUCAAGCAGAAUGGCCGACGAAAGCACAUUUAUCGCAGUCAAACCUGACGGUGUGCAGAGGGGACUUGUCGGCGAAAUCAUCAAGCGCUUCGAGCAGAAGGGCUUCAAACUGGUCGCCAUGAAGUUCGUCCAGGCAUCUGAAGAGCUCUUGAAGGAACACUAUACUGACCUGAAGGCAUUGCCAUUCUAUCCUGGGCUGGUUAAGUACAUGAACUCAGGGCCUGUUGUUGCCAUGGUUUGGGAAGGCCUCAAUGUUGUGAAGACCGGCAGAGUUAUGCUGGGUGAGACCAACCCUGCUAACUCCAAACCAGGCACCAUUCGUGGGGACUUCUGCAUCGAGGUUGGCAGGAACAUCAUCCAUGGCAGUGACUCUGUGGAUAGUGCCAAGAGGGAAAUCGGCCUGUGGUUUAAGCCAGAGGAGGUGGUGAGCUACAAGAGCUGCGCCCAAAGCUGGAUCUACGAGUAACCGUCCCUGUACCCCCCUCAGGCCCUACAUGGAGACCUGCCCCUGCCCCAGAAGAGGAUUUCUACCGUCCUUUUUUUUUUUUUUUUUGAAUCAUGAGCUCUUUCACUGUCAAUAAAAUGACUAAACUGUA